CCAGCAUGUCAAAUAAUAACAAUAACCAUGAGCUUUAGCAACAGCACCUCAUCCGGCACAGUCAUCCUCAGACACUAACGAGGCUUCUUUGGGCCGUUUUGUUGGUCUGCGGACGCCUCAAAGUUGGAGCGGACUCGACAAAUGGACGUCGAUGGACUGGAAUGAAAGCUCCACUUCUUCUAUCGGACUGAAGGAAGGAGGGAAAGAAACCUCUGCAUGUUCAAGUUUCCUGCUCCAACCAGAGGGGCAUCGGUGCGCGCGUGUUGGAUGUGUGUGGAAGUGUGUGUUGGGUGCGUGUGUGUGCGCGCCCGCAGGAACAGCAGCAGGAGCAGGAGCGGCGGCGGUGGCGGUGGUGGUGGUGGCGGCCGCGGGAAGGGAAGUUUAGCGCCGUGAUUUUCUUCUUUUCGUCUAUUCUGUUCAGUGUUUUUUUUCAUGUCGCAGCAGGGGACAGGCGGAUUAACGUUUCCCUGAUGAAAAUUAAUCAUCUGUGGAGAGGCUCUGUGAUCGUGACUAUGAUGAUGAUGUCGAGUAAGAGCGUGGAGUGGCUGCAGGAUGAGCUGGAGUCCGGGGCCAGCUCUCUGCUGCUGCUGGACUGCAGACCCCAUGAGCUGUACGAGUCCUCGCACAUCGAGUCGGCCAUCAACCUGGCCAUCCCGGGCCUCAUGCUCCGGAGGCUGAAGAAGGGCAACCUCCCCAUCCGCUCCAUCAUUCCCAACAACGAGGACAAGGAGAAAUUUGUCAAGCGGUGUAAGACGGACGUGGUGGUUCUGUACGACGAGGCGACCUCGGAGCGGCAGGAGUCCGGACUGGGGAGCUCCGUGUUGGGGCUGCUCCUGCAGAAGCUGCGGGACGACGGGUGCAAGGCUUUCUAUCUGGAGGGGGGCUUCAACAAGUUCCAGUCAGAGUACCCAGAGCACUGUGAGACCAAUUUGGACUGCUCCUGUCCCAGCAGCUCGCCACCAGCCUCUGUCCUUGGUCUCGGAGGACUCCGCAUCAGCUCAGACUGCUCUGACGGGGAAUCUGACCGCGAGCCGGGCAGCGCCACAGAGUCAGAGGGCAGCCCCCUCCCCAACAACCAGCCAGCGUUCCCUGUCCAGAUCCUGCCAUACCUUUACCUGGGCUGUGCCAAAGACUCCACCAACCUGGAUGUGCUCAGCAAGUAUAAUAUCAAGUACAUCCUCAACGUGACGCCCAACCUGCCCAACAUGUUCGAACACGAAGGCGACUUCAAGUACAAACAGAUCCCAAUCUCCGAUCACUGGAGCCAGAACCUCUCGCAGUUUUUCCCCGAGGCCAUUUCAUUCAUUGACGAAGCACGCUCAAAAAAGUGCGGCAUCCUGGUCCACUGCCUGGCCGGGAUCAGCCGCUCGGUGACCGUCACGGUGGCCUACCUGAUGCAGAAGCUCAACCUGUCGCUCAACGACGCCUACGACUUUGUGAAGCGGAAAAAGUCAAACAUUUCCCCCAACUUCAACUUCAUGGGCCAGCUCCUGGACUUUGAGCGGACGCUGGGCCUCAACAGCCCCUGCGACAACCACUCGACCUCCCCGACGCACGACCAGCUCUUCUUCACCACCCCGACCAAUCACAAUGUGUUUCAACUGGACACGCUGGAGUCCACAUGAAAAUCAGAGGGGGGACUGUCCCCUUUUUUUGUGGCGCGGGGUCAAGAUGAUGUUGUUACAAUGGUAACAAGCGGCUGCACUGGAGGAGAGCAGCCGGUUUUAAUGAAUGUUUUAGCCUCCCGAGGCGCGUUGUCUGAGAGCCUGGCCACGGAGCAGCGUUGAAGGGACAGGGGAGGUCACAGAUGCCACGUUAUAGGGGAGGGGGAGUUUUUUUAACCCAGAUCGGGGAACUGACAGAUGGGUUUACGACGGUGUCCUCCUCAGAGUUGACUGAAUUUAGGGGAAGAGCUCCGAUCAACCUCUCUUGCAACAAAGAGGAGAAGAGGAAACUUAACUGACUGAGAAACUGAGCGAAGGUCGCAGCAGGACAGACAGCUUCAUACAAAGAUAGGAACACGGAAAAAUCUACAGCGCUCGAUUUGUGAGACGACAGCAUCCUCUCUGUCUUUCUGUCUCGGCUCUCGAGCUGAGCUGACUGGUGCCAAGUGGAGAAUCUGGGUUUUACUCGUAGGAAAUCUCGCUCUACUGAAUGUAGAGUUUUUAAAAACCAAGGAAUUAACAUACACACAUGCGCGCACACACAUAAACAAAGUAUGUAUGUUUGUACUGUAUGUACUGUAUGUAUGUUAACGUACAUAGCAGAAAAUGUAUGGGCAAAUUCAGUAUGUCUAUAUGCAUUUUUGUAUAUUUUUGUGUACAUUUACGCACAAAUCUAUACCUUAUAUAAAUAUAUAUACGCAUAGAAAUCUUAUCUUUGUCCAAAAACAAAGUAAUCCAAUCCAAUACUGGCUUAAGAGAUUGUAAAACUAAAGAAGGGGAAUGGGUGUGGCGACACCAACAAAGGAAAGUUGUUAUGAUAUUCCUAGUUGUCU